CUAGCAGAAUACUAGUGUUUAUAGAAGGGUUUUGUAACACAUUGGGAGUGUCCUCCUAAACAAGAACUGCAUGAUAAGAGAACCCGAUCCUUGAGAGAAGCAUUUUAUCUUAGUUUUUCAGAAUGUUUUAGAAAGGUGUUGUCUGGCCACCACUCUGUUCAUUUGCUCACCCUACCCUGAACCGAAGCCUACAAGCUCUGUGUAAGAACCGAAGCCUACAAGCUCUGUGUAACAACAUCCUCGAACUAUCGCACUUAACAGGUAAGCAGACAUGUCGUGGCUGCCUAUGCUUGGCCUGACUGCCCUGCCUCAUCUAGGGGGGCUCUAUGGAGGCUACGUGACACGCAAGCAGGUGAAAACCUGGUACCCCACUCUCAACAAGCCGUCAUGGCGUCCACCUAAUGCUGCGUUCCCGAUAGUGUGGACCACCCUCUACACAGGCAUGGGGUAUGGCUCCUACCUGGUGUGGAAGGAGUGUGGGGGUUUCACUGAGGAUGCUGUGGUACCUUUGGGACUCUAUGGGUUGCAGCUGGCUCUCAACUGGGCCUGGACUCCCAUCUUCUUUGGAGCACACAAGUUGAAAAUGGCACUCAUAGAGAUAGUGAUGAUGACUGGUGCUGUUGGAGCCACCAUGGCAUCCUGGUAUCCCGUAAAUCGCACUGCCAGCCUGCUCCUGACACCCUACCUGGCAUGGCUGUGCCUGGCCACUUCCCUUAACUACUGCAUCUGGAGAGAUAACCCAGAUGAGGAUGGAAAGGAGGAGUAGGCAACACGGUAUUCUCUGUACUUGGUUCCAGCUCCAUUGGCCAAACAAUUAAGCCAUUUGUAUAAUGAUGACAUGCUACUGCAUUUUUUUAUUUUGUACAUAAAAUGUUUCUCCCAUAACCUAAUCUCCAAUGAGAAAUUGGGGCUAGGCUUUAGUAAGAUUUAAGAAAUUAUGUUUUUCACACCCCUUUAAUUUAUUCCAAUAUUUCUGUUGAAGAAGCUUACCAUGGCUUUGCAUUAGACUGAUAUUUCCUUGUCUUAUUACAAGGAAAGUACAUGCCAUAUGUUGUUCAUAUUAAAAAACCUCGUAAUUUA